AUGGAGGACGCCCAGGGGACCGCGGAGGAAGCCAGGGGGACCCCGCCGUCCUCCAGCGACUCCUCAGAGGAGCUGAGUUCCAACCUGAAGCUGUCCAAGGGCAUGUCCAUCUUCCUGGACAUACUGAGAAGAGCAGACAAAAAUGAUGAUGGGAAACUGUCCUUUGAUGAAUUCAAAGCAUAUUUUGCAGACGGCGUUCUGAGUGGAGAAGAACUGCGUGAGCUCUUCCACACCAUCGACACGCAUCACACCAACAAUCUUGACACAGAAGAAUUAUGCGAAUAUUUUUCCCAGCACUUGGGCGAGUAUGGAAAUGUCCUGGCAGUGCUGGAAGACCUGAACCUCUCCAUCCUGAAGGCAAUGGGCAAAACAAAAAAAGAUUACCAAGAGGCCUCCAAUUUGGAACAGUUUGUAACUCGAUUUUUAUUGAAGGAGACUUUGAAUCAGCUCCAGUCUCUCCAGAAUUCUCUGGAAUGUGCCAUGGAAACGACGGAGGAGCAGACCCGUCAAGAAAGGCAAGGGCCCACCAAGCCCGAGGUGCUGUCCAUUCAGUGGCCUGGAAAACGGUCCAGCCGCCGGGUCCAGAGGCACAGCAGCUUCUCCCCCAGCAGCCCUCAGUUUACCAUCAGCAGUCCAGGCUUGCUAGAAGAAGACAAUCAGUGGAUGACCCAGAUAAACAGACUCCAGAAACUGAUCGACAGGUUGGAAAGAAAGGACCUCAGACUUGAACCUCUGGAAGAAGAAGUUAUUGAUGGCAACAGUAAAUCUCAGGUCCUGCUGGUGCAGCGGCAGCUGACCGUGAACGCGGACGACUCGGCCGGGUUCCAGGUGGCUCUGAAGGUCUACGUGGAGAGUGCGGCCGCCCAGAGCGGGUGUCUGCGUAUUUCUAUACAGAAGCUUUCAAAUGAAUCUCGCUACAUGAUUUAUGAGUUCUGGGAGAAUAGUAGUGUGUGGAAUAGCCACCUUCAGACGAAUUAUAGCAAGACAUUCCAAAGAAGUAACGUGGACUUCUUGGAAACCCCAGAGCUCACGUCUACAAUGCUCGUUCCAGCAUCGUGGUGGAUCCUGAACAACAACUAGAUGUUUCCACACAUUCUCUUUAUGGUCCAGGUACAAACCAUGUGUCAAUUUAA